AUGGCAGACAGCACAAUCAUCAAGACACGCUGCUUUUGCGGUGCAAAUGAGUACUCCGCUUCCACUUCCAACUCAUCCCUCCCGCUUCGAAGACAUUUCUGUCACUGUAACAGUUGCCGUCACGGUAGCGGACUCUUACAGUACACGGCUGUCGACUGGCCGAGUCCUGUUCCCGAUAGCAAUACGCUCACGAAGUACGCCUUUUCCAAGAAUUGCGACACCUACUUCUGCUCUACGUGUGGAGCACACAUGUUUUGGCAUACCCAUCAUCCCACGGACUACGUGGCUGUGGUGCCAGGUCUCCUGGAGAACCCAGACUCGAUAUUGGAUAUCACCUCUCACAUCUUCGUUGGAGACACGAUUGACGGUGGCUUCAGCGAUUGGCUUGCCAGUUUCGAAGGUAGACCACUUCCCAAAUGGGAAGCGGAAGAAGAAACGAGUAAAGUCUUGGCGUCAGGUUGGAAUGGCUCUGAGGGUCAAGAUCUCGCCCAGGAUCUCGCUCAGGACACUUUGCGUGCCCAUUGUAAGUGUGGUGGAGUGGACUUCCUGAUCAAGCGGCCGCGGGAGCCUGAGGAAGCCGACAAACCGUUGGAUCCAAAGGAAUGGUGGGUUCGAAGCAAGAAUCGAUACCUCGCAAGCAACUGCGCCUGUAACAGCUGUCGUCUUACCUCUGGCCUGGAACUCGUACAAUGGGCAUAUGUUCCUACUCCCAGGCUGGCGAAUGCAAGCGGCGAGCGCUAUCAAUUCAACUGUUCUACGUUGAAAUCCUUCAAAAGCUCCGAAAACGUGACGCGAUAUCACUGUGGUCGCUGUGGCGCUACAAUCUUCUAUUGGAGCGAUAGCCGGCCACAAGUCAUCGACGUGGCGGCGGGCCUCCUGGAGGCUCCUAGUGGAGCAAGGGCAGAGGGCUGGCUGGAUUGGAGGAUGAAGAUUUCUUACGAGGGAGAUGCCACUCAUGGUCGUUUGCUGAAGGCUUUCAAGGAAGGGCUGGAGGAUUGGGGAAAGCGUAAUGGCAAGACCUACAGAGUCCUUCGUUCUCCAACCUUCCGAUUUUUUGUUGGGAAAGAUCGCACAUGUCUCACUGUUCCCAAGUGCCUUGCGAAGGAUCUUUCGGAUCCAUUACAUGCAAUGAUGAACAAUGAGCACAUGGAAGAAGCAAGAGAGGGCCGCGCUAAUUUAGAGGACGUAGAGGAGUCUACAUUUGUAGGCUUCUGCGAAUUUGCCUACACGGGUGACUAUCGUUCACGGAUGAAGGACCCUAAGCCAGAAGUUCAAAGCAACAAUGACGCACCAAGUGAGGAGGACGUGGUACCAGAAAAAGCAGCUGCGGAAGAGGAACCCAUGGCGGCAGAGCCUGAGCCUGCGCCUGAGCCUGCGUUUGACGUCCCAAUUGAGGACACCUGGGGUGGUUGGGGCCAUAACAAAAAGGCCAAAAAGGGCCAAAAAAAAUCAAAUACUGAGCACCUUUGGGACGACUUCAAACUACUCACAUUUGACGAUUCUGUUCGCACGAACGAACAACCAGCUCUGAACAGCGACCCAUCUAUAUCCCACACACCAACCGCGUCGCUCCUCUAUCACGCGAAGAUGUAUGUUUUUGCCCAGAAGUAUCUUAUACACAACCUACGUAUCCUCGCUCUUCGCCAUCUUCACGGCUGUCAGCAAAACCUGGCUCUCACAAAGCGUGAUACUGGGGAUAUUCUCGAGAUUCUAGAAUUCACGUACACGAACACUGACAGAGCUCAAUCCAACGACGACGAUUUGAGGAAAUUGAUUGUGCAUUAUGCGGUUUGCGAAGCCAAAAUUCUUAAGCGAGACCCCGAUCUUAGGGGUCUGUUGGAAGAGUAUGGAGAGCUGGCCUGUGAUUUGUUCUACAAGAGCUGA